AUGGAGACAUUACUUAUAUGGGGAAAAGAUCAAAUCUAUGUAGAUCAUAAAAGCCUUAAGUACUUAUUUACCCAGAAGGAGUUAAAUAUGAGGAAACGAAGAUGGCUAGAAUUGGUCAAAGACUAUGAUUGUGAGAUCCUCUAUCAUCCAGGAAAAGCUAAUAUUGUGGCCGAUGCUCUUAGCCGAAAGUCAGCUCACACAGCAACUCUAAGUAUCAUCUCCAAAGACAUAAUGGAUGACCUUGAAAGAGCUGAGAUCUCACUAAUACUAGAAACCAUCAUAACACGAAUAGCACAGCUAACUUCAAAUGAUGAAGAAAUCAAGAAAGAACUACUGAAGGAAGCUCACAAAUCAUGCUUUUCAAUACAUCCUGGGAGUCCAAGAUGUGAAAGCUCUAAGGCAACGACCACAAGGACUCCUCCAGCCUCCAAUGUUCUAGAAUGGAAAUGGGAUCAUAUUUCCAUGGACUUCAUCUCAGGACUCCCGAGAACUGUUAAAGGCCACAACAUGAUUUAG